UGCACUAGGCUGCACGACCCAACCCGCAGAGCGAGGGGGCCGCGGAGCUUCGCGGAACAGCCAGCAGCAGCCGCGGGAACGGAGAGCUCUGGGCAUGCAUUAGACUUGGGCUCAGCCCUAGCAGCAGCCGCCUCGCUCAUCCUAGUCGCCCUCUCGCCCCCCAUGGAUAAGGCGACCUCGCUACACACUUCAGUGCCCACGCCUCCCCCUCGGCUCUAUCUGCCUCGGAACUUCAGCUGCAGCGCCUGCCUCUAUGGCAGCCUGGCCGAGCACUGCAAGGGGGACUGCAGCCCGGAGCGCGAAGGGGCGCCGUCUCCCACGCCUGUGGUCCGAGAAGCGGCAGCCUCCGGGGAGAAGCCGCAGCCUUCCCGCGGCCGGGAGCCCUCGGUGCCUCCUGUGCCCCCCAGCCCCACGCUGCGCCGGCGAGCCAAGUCGCUGCCCACGCCCGGCGAGCGCAGCCUGCGGCCGGCCCUGCAGCAGAGCCCGUCCCGCAGGAAGACCGUGCGCUUCGCCGACUCGCUGGGCCUGGAGCUCAUCUCCGUGCGCCACUUCUGCGAGGCCGACCUGCCCCAGGUGCCGCUGCCGCUGCCGGCCCGCGCCGCCGACCUGUUCAAGACCAGGAAGCCGCCGGCGCUGGGCGAGCUGGAGCCGGUGUUGUUCGGCCCGUCGCCGCUGCUGGAGCCUCUCUUCCCGCCGCAGCCCGGCGCCAGCCCCGGCUUCGCGGAGCGGGUGCGGCGGCACAAGGUGAAGCUGGAGUGGGUGCGGGCCGAGCCCGCCGGCCUGCGCGGCGCCGUGCGCGUCCUCAACCUGGCCUACGAGAAGGGCGUCUCGGUGCGCUACACCCUCAACCGCUGGGUCAGCUGCGCCGAGGUGGCGGCCGCCUACCUGUCGCCGGGCCCGGCCGACGGCCUGACCGACCGCUUCUCCUUCCGCCUGCCGGCGGCGGCCGCGGGGGGCACGCUGGAGUUCGCCGUGCGCUACCGGGUGGCCGGCACCGAGUACUGGGACAACAACGAGGGGCUCAACUACCGGCUGCGGGGCCGGCCGCGCGCGGCUCGGGCCGCCACCUCCCCGACGGAGGAACCCGAUGGCGGCGCCUGGAUCCACUUCAUCUGAGUGGCCUGUCGCCGGACCGCUGAGCGUCGCCUGCUCUCUGCCGGGGAGACCCGAGCGCUCUCCCGGAUCUAGGCCACCCUCGCCGCCUCAGCGCCCUUUCCGGGCUCGGCAGCCUUCAGCGGCUGCUGGGCGCAUUUCUCACAGGCCGGGCGGCUGGGGGAGGAA